GGCGAAUUGGAGGUGACGGUACUUGGUAUUACUAGGUUCCUUCCGUUGUAACCACUUACAUUCAAUGGACUUUAAUUUUUCACACACUUCAGCAUAUUUGGUGAAUAGAGAAUACUAAACGAAAUGAGUUUAGGAAGAAGUUCUCGAGAAGUUGUGUACAUUAAAGCCAAGGUAAGAUCAAUACUUUUUCAUAGCUCAAAUCUUUUAGCUUAGCACAGAAAGUGGUACUGACCAAUAUAAGAAAUUCGCAAUUGAUCCAAAUAUUACAGAUUACAAAGUUCUUUUGGGUUUGCUGCGUAAAUGCUUUGAUAUUAACUGGUAAACGAUUUGUCUAUUAGCAGACUUUUAAAAAAUGGUUAUUUGAUGGUAUCGUAUAAUGUGAAAAAUCUCAUGAAUAAACAAAGCAGAUGAUCACAAAUUUUUGCCAUAAUCUUCCCGUUUUGUGAUGGUGUUGUAUCUAGCAUCGACAGAAUUAAGUCGGUUUGGGGAGUAAAUAAGUUUGUGUCUAGAAGGAGGGUUAAUAACAAGAAAGACUUCAUAUGAUGUAGAUACACAUUUGGUCAUGAUUUCGAGGUGUCGUAUUGACUUAAUUAUAUUUGGAGUUGGACAGUCCUCAGACUAAAAAAAUGACAUAUCCAUACAUUUCACUACAUGCCAUAUUAAACAAUUGCUAGGUAAAGUGCACAAAAUAACGGUAAUUAGUGUUAAGAGACAUUCAUCGAUAAGUACUUUCAUAUUUGUAUUGAAUUCUCAAAAAUCUUAUCCCUGCUAGUAAAUGCUCAUUUUUUUACGGUAUUUGGAAUGUACUUAGAACACUAUGUGGUGCAUAUAUAUUUGGUGCCCUCUUGUACCAAUAUUUAUGUGUUCAAAUAAAUAAAUAAAUAACUUAGAACAAUUGUAUGGUUGAUUCUAAUCUGUCUUUUCGACUGGAAAUUCUUUAUUGGUGUACAAUAUGGUGGUUUUGAAAAUAACUAUUUCUUAAAAAAAGUUUGAAACAAGCUCACAAGUGUAUUGAAAAUAUUAGACAGCAAACAUUAAUACCGAUGCUGAAGUUAUUUUUGAUGUAAAUAUCUAAACAUUUUUAAGAUAGAAGAAAAUUAAAUGCUAAACUGCCCUUCAAUACUUAUGGUAUUCACACUGUACUUUUCAGCGCAAUAACUGAAAUACUUUACAACUAACUUAACAUAUCAUAUUUCCGUACUACUGUGAAAAGGUUUUCGAAGGAAAUUUGUAUUAGAAGCGAGCCUCCAUCAUUUACCUCGGUUUUACUUAUUGUGAAACCGCGACAGUCAUGAUAUGAAUUCCUCAUUUGACAUGGGCGAGAUCUAUUAUUACCCUAUGCAUCCUGAUUCUUUAAAGUCAAGUGACUUAAUAUUUUUACUUCUACUUGUAAAACACAGUAUACAUCCCGUAAAGGAAUCCUUACAUUAUAUCUGGUGAAUAUUCUUAUUAUUCAUGUCUGUUGAAGUGAUUCACACACGUGUUAAUCACACAUUUAACAAAGUACAUAAAAGAAACUGUAUUAUUUGUUGGUUUAAUUUUAGUGAUUUCUCGGUUUGUUACUUGGCUAUUGAUGAAUUCGGUGAACAGUUUUAUUUACCUUUACAAUCCGACUGGGAUUUGGAUGCGUCGAUAGUCACGUCAUCUGACUCCACUUUACGACUUAAAAUAACCCUAAAGCCUAAAGUUUCUGAUCUUCAAGACUGGGAUAUUAUUAUUCCCCAUGGUGUUCAGUCUAUCUCCAGAAGAAGAAAGUCACAAAAUGAUACAAAAAAUGAUCUAACAUUCAGUGAUUCUAAAGGACCAUCACUUUUUUCACAAAUUACUCAGCGAUUUGAAAAAACUGUUGCAAAUAUGCGCAAGGCUAUAGGAAUUGGAAUGGAUGGAGAUGAUAUGUUUCACACUAUUCAUCCUCCGAUAUCAGAAUUACAAAUGAGAUUAUACAUGGAUGAUAAUGGACGCAUUAUCUAUCUAAAUCAAUUCUACCUAGAUGUUUAUCUAAAUGGUCUAGAGCACAGUCUACGUAAAGUUGGUUGGCGUAUAUUAUUAUCAGUUUGUCCAGCGGACACAACCGGUCAAGAACGUUUUCAUUUACUGGAUAUCAAAGCGCAACAGUAUGCUACUCUUAAAGAAAAUUGGAAAAAGUUGUACGUAAUGGGUUUGAUGUCUGAACAUCAACUAUCUACAUUAGCUUCAAUAAGCAUAGAUGUUGUUCGCACAGAUUGGAAAGAAGACUAUUAUCGUUCUGUUGGCAACCAUCAUCGGGUGUGUCAACUGUUUGAUAUUCUAGCUACUUAUUGUAUACAUCACCCAAAUAUUGGAUAUUGUCAAGGUAUGUCAGAUUUGGCCAGCCCAUUGUUAGUUGUUCAAAGUGAUGAAGCAUUAGCAUAUCUCUCGUUUUGCGCUUUAAUGCAACGUGUUAAAUUCAAAUUUGGUGAUACGCAGCAAUCUAUAUUAAUUAACAAUAUGCAGGAUUUACACGAUCUUCUAACGUAUACAGAUGGUGAAUUAGCACAAUUUUUCCGUGAACAUAAUUUAGCUAAUAUGUAUUUUACUCAACGUUGGUUUGUCUUAGAAUUAAAACGUGAAUUUAACUUUGAUGAAUCUUUACGUAUGUUUGAAUCACAAUGGGCAGCUUUAUGUCUUGUAAAAAAUAAUAGUUUAACUGAAAUUGAAACUUGCAAUUCUAAAUCUGAAGGUUAUCUUGUUUUAACUGAUGGUACAUGUAAUUUGUACAUGCCGAAUUCCUCAUUCACGUCAACAAAUUCUCUUAACUGGCAUCAUUACACAGCAAGAGAUGUUAGUCUAAUCAAUUCUUUAAUAGGUUCAAAUUAUGUUGUUGACUUGAAAAAAAAAGAAUGCACUACUGUGUUUAACUCAGACAAGAUUAGACAAGACCAUCCAUCUUCUGCUUCUUCCCCUCCUCCGUUUAUCCCUUCUGAUGCCCACUUCUCAUGUAAAUUAUCUAAUGAAGAUAAUCAUUCUGGAAAUCCACAACAAACCUCAUCUGAGAUGUUAAUUACAGAAACUCAAUUUGAAAUUAUCUCUAAUGAAUCACUAUUGGAUUUUACCAACUCUAUAAAAAAACAGUCUUUACAUUUGACAUCAACUAAACGAUUAUCUUCAUUUUCUAUUGAAAAUGAACCUAUUCAUAUUAGAACCAAUGUAACACAUUUACGGCCACCGAAUCAAUUCGGUCAAGGUAAUCCAUUUCUCCUGUUUCUCAGUUUAUCAUUAAUCUUAGAAUAUAAAGAGGUAAUUAUGCUAGAAAUUAAAGAACCUGGGGAUAUUAUACAAUUCUAUCAACAACAAUCUGGUAAACAUAAUUCUUCUAGAAUAUUAUAUCGUGCGAAAAAGUUGUUUAAUAAAUAUUUAGAAGAAAAUAAUUUCCAGUUUUUUAAUUAAACUUUAUAUACUAAUAACUGUACAGUCGUAGAAAAAAAAUCCAGCUAACACAAACUCACUCAACCAUACAUAACAUUACUGUAUUUUCAUUUUGUAUCAUUAUUUUGUUUUCUUUAAAAUAUUUGUUUUUUUUAAUAUUAACUUUGUAUUGUUAUUAUUACUACUUUUGUUAAUUAGUCAGCAUUACUUCGAAACAGAUCUUACAGUACAACAGCAACAACCUAUUUUCACUGUGAUAAUCAACAUAUCUAUUUCUCUUUCAGAUUUUGAAAUAAAAAUAUUUUCGUAUUUUUGUUGUGUAUUAUCUUGCUUUCCGUAUUGAAAAUUGGUGUUAACAAAAAUGUGUAUUUAGAUGAUAAUGAAAUUUCGAAAUAUUGUUAACAUUGCAAAAAGAUUUUUGAGGAAACAUUUCUAUGCAGGAAACUAAAACUUCAAUUGGCCAUUUACCGGUUGGAAUAUAUUUCAAGAAAUGUAGCUAUGAUCGUGCAAUUGUGUGCGUAUCAGUGUUACUUGUCCUAGUGUAAUC